AUGCAUUCUCAGGAUAUGCAGACAUCUACCGAAAGCGCUGACGCCUUGAGCGCUGCAAUCUCUGCAUCCAGAAUCGAACAGGCACCGUAUGACAUUCUGUCUGAGAUAUUGACCUUGCUACCUGCCACAGAUAUUGUCCAUCUCCUUAGCACGUCGCGAACGCUUCGUUCGUACAUCAAAGAUGAGCGUAUCUGGCGAACCGUCUCGCGCACAUACGGCGUGACGGACGUCGCCAACUUCGGAGGCCGGUCGUUCUACACUGUCUACACGGAGCUACUCCACAAGCACGGGCCUCUGCUUGGCCUAUGGGCAGGGGACCAUGCAUUCUCCGGGCAUAUCCUAGAAUUUCGCCUCGACAAGGGCAAUGAACACCGUCAAGCAAGCAUCAUCGGCGAGUUCUGGAGGUUCAGAAAGCCGCAGAUGUUUCACAUGAACAUCGAUCAGCCUCCGGAGCCACCGCGCUAUAUAUCCGCAAUCAGGAUAGGCUUUCCAUUGACACUUGACGAUGGCGACGCACCUUCGAACGACGUCGCGCGGGUCACUUGUUGCGCACCGGCCAAUGGUGCGCAAUUGAACACGCAUCGAGCCCAUGUCCACCACGUAGAGCAGAGUACGAACGGCAUCUUCCUGGGAGGCGACUUCUUCGUGUCGCUACUUCAGCACCCAGACUUCCCUCGGUCGAGGGAAGCCACCUGGCUCGACCUUUCCCGCUCACCAAUACCCCUCCUUGCCGUGGCCGCACCCACCCCUGGCCGUCGGUCCCUCGGCGUCAUCAACCCGUUCUUCGGGCUCGCAUGGCAGUUUGUCAUGUCAAUGCAUGUCGGUAACACAGGCGUGGUGAAACCUAGGGCGCUCUCGCUGUCAUGCGACUCCGAUUGCGUAGAGCUAGAGUUCCCGGCGCUCUCGAUGCGUGUCGACAACUCGGUCACCCCGCGAUAUUACCCGCUUCGCAACGAGAUCAGACAAGGAGUCGAGGGCUGGUCAAACGAGUGGAGCCCUGCGUCCCUUGCGGGCCUCUGGCUCGGAUGGUACGGGCCACACGGGACCGAAUGCAUCUUCAUUGACUGGAACGAAGAUACGCAUACUCUGACCGGCCUCAAGAUCAUCGGGGACGAGAACGUCCCGCGCGGAGUCCCGAGCUGGCAGGUCUCGACUGCUGAGCCGUGCCAGCUCUCGACGGAAGAGGACCUGCUUUGCGCGCAUGUUCUAGGAGACCGUGUCGCGUGCAGGAAGUAUCGCGGCACUGGUACCACAAGCGGAACGGGCUUCCUCCAGCAAGGCCACCCACCCAUUAUUGUCGCGGUCAUCGGACCCGAUGAGUUGGGAGUUAUCUGGGUCGACGGCGGUUUCAUGCUCCAGAACAUACGAUAUAAAGGCAGGAAGUAG